AUGAAGCUCUGUUCUUCCAUCCUGGCACUCUGCGUCGUGCUUUCGUACAGCUUCUCAGCCGUCCACGCGUGGCAGAGUCGUAUCGAGCUGCAGGAUACUAUCGAGACGACAGCUCGCGACUACCUCAAGCGCCCCUCCUCCCACACCUUUACGCGCGAGGCCAAAGAGGUUGCCAGGCGUCAAGUCAGCCAAGCCCUCGAGGGUGCUCGUUCUUCUCCAUCGUCACCAGCUGAAGGAUCUGGACCGCCAAGAGGUACGGCGAAUGAGGACCAGAUCCGUCAACUGUGCAAGGACCUCCGCACACAGCUCGGCAAAAAGAUCGUCAUCCCGAGACCUGCGAUCGUGAACCUGGAGUACGAAGAAUCGCGCCUACACGUCUACAAUGCCGCUCAAGCAGAGUGAGUGCGCAGUGACAGACGUCCGAGAACGAGAACGACAUGCAUUUCGAGCCCUGACUGUGUGCGCCCUCUUCCAUCGGACACCAAUCAGCGAAUACCGUAAGUUGUGACGAGUCGCCGCUACAAACGUCGGAUGAUGGGGCGACUGAGCUAGGACCUUGUUUUUUGCCCGGCCGCCCUAAUUUGCCGAAGCCUACUGCUUGAUCUUGCCCACCAGCGCAGACCAUGUGCGGGCUGCCUAUGCUGGAUUGAAACGAAUUGGCGCCGGUUUUGGCGUGCGCAGCGGCGGCCAUGCCACGAUCGACGGUUGGUCAUCCACCAAAGACGUCAUGAUCGAUUUCAAAAAUUGGUGCAACGUUGAACUCGCCAACCAGGGUAGCAUCGCAAAUGUCUCACCGGGGUGUCGUUGGGGAGAAGUGUACAAGCGUCUCGAAGCUCAAGGCAAGACUGUGCUCGGUGGUCGACUGAGCAACGUCGGCCUUGGCGCAACGCUCGGUGGAGGGUGAGUCUGAACUGAGCGUCACUUGAUCUCCGCGACAAAGGACUGAUCGAGAUGCUUCCCUGGGUACAUCAAGCCUAUCGCACCUCUCCAACCUGCACGGUCUCAUUGCAGAUAACGUCGCAUCGUACGAUCUGAUCACGCCAGAGGGUCAUUCCUUGACCGUCAGCAACACCACCAAUGCCGACCUCUGGUGGGCGCUCAAGGGAGGCAAAAAUCGUUUCGGUAUCGUCACCCGCUAUGGCUUUCAGGCUUACGAUGUCGGGUCUUGGUGGGGAGGUUUGUUGACGUACAAGGGCGAAGACGCACUCAAGGUGUGCGACGCCGUUACCGAAUUCGCCGAGACCUUUUCGGAUCCCAAAGCAGCCAUCAUUCCCACCUUCAACGCGGCUCUGGGUCCCAUCGGGGAAUUUGUUUCCGUGGCGUUGGCAUACAACGGACCCGAUCGUCCAGCUGGGGUGUUCGACAUGUUUUUCAACAUCCCUCGAACGGCGGAAAACGUCGGCAAAAAGUCGUAUGCCGACAUCAACAGCGUUUACGACUUUGGCGCAAUCUGUGAGUGGCGCUUUAUCUGCUGCUUCAGCUCGUCGUUGUCCCGCUGAUUGUCAGUCGAUGCGAUUUGUUCCAACCAAAUAUAGACGGUUUCAACGUGAACUUCCGCACAACCAGCAUCGCGCUGAACAAGGACAAGACCCGCGCGAUCUACAACAACUGGAAGCAGGCGGUAGUUGACGCCGCUGGUUUGUACUUCUCAAUGUCGGUUGGCUUGGAGCUCUUCACGCGCCAGGGCCUUGCGCAGCACGCGGCGAAAGGCGGCUCUCCAUACGGGUGAGUUGUUGUUUAGGUUUACACAUGGAGUGCUCGAUGGGCUGACUCCUCCAUGUCUGUCUGUCGAUGUUGUAGCUUUGAUGGUACGCCUUUCUCUGCUCAGGUGCGCAAAUGAAGGGCCGAGAGCGACUUGCUGCGCAGCACACGUCGGCUGACCCUGAUCCCCCCCGCACGACAGAGUUACGUGAUGAUCUAUUCGCCAUCUUCACCCACUAAUGACAAGCAGAAGCUGCUCGAGAUCGUCAAAGCCGCUGUCGACAAAACGCCAAGCGAUGCUGGCCGGUAAGAGCAUUGCUUGAGCAAGAAUGGUGGAGGCUGAGUCGUGCGGCUGAUCCAAUUGCUUCUCUCCCUUUCGGAUGCCAGCCCGCUAUUCGUCAGCUAUGCGUCCCCUGAGCAGGCGCCCUUCCUGACCUAUCGACAGCUUGAUCGCCUCAAGGUGCGUAUAGGAGAAUAUCGCAUGGCUAAUCACUGCACUGACUUAUUGCCUGAUAACUGGUUUCAGCAAAUCAACCAGCGCUACGACCCUGAAGGCUACUUCAUCUCCCACGCUGGGGGUCCUCGUUUCGAUGACAAAUACUGA